CUGGGCUCAAGGAGGAGGAGAGGAAUCCACAAGCCGACACGAUGAGAUCCAAGGCGAGGGCGAGAAAACUGCCCAAAAGUGACAGCGAGAUUGUAAAUAAUAUGUACGAGACCGACCCUGAUCUCCUUGCUGGCGAAAGUGCAGAGGAGGAAACAGAGGACAGUAUUAUGUCCCCCAUUCCUGUCGGACCUCCAUCACCCUUUCCCACCAGUGAGGACUUCACUCCCAAGGAGGGCUCACCUUAUGAAGCUCCCGUCUACAUUCCUGAUGACAUUCCAAUCCCACCAGAUUUUGAACUCAGAGAAUCUUCGAUUCCAGGGGCAGGGCUAGGGAUUUGGGCCAAAAAGAAGAUUGAAGUUGGGGAAAGAUUUGGACCCUAUAUGACAGUACAAAGGAGCACAUUAAAGGAAACAAACUUUGGAUGGGAGCAAAUACUGACUGAUCCUGAGGUGACCUCCCAAGAGGGCAAUAUAAAAAAGAUUGCUGAUGACCUGGGAAAUGACAAGUUCUGUAUUGAUGCUGGCCAGAGUGGAGCUGGGAACUGGCUGAAGUACAUCCGCGUGGCCUGUUCCUGUGACGGGCAGAAUCUAGCCGUGUGUCACGUUAACGACCAGAUCUAUUAUAAAGUUAUUAAAGAAAUUGAGCCAGGAGAAGAGCUCUUGGUGUAUUUGAAGGAAGGUGGUUAUUCACUUGGGAACAUGGCGCCCAGCAUGGAAGAAGAGCACACGUUUCGCUGCGAGGACUGUGAUGAACUUUUUCAGUCAAAGCUCGACCUGCGGCGACACAAGAAGUACGCCUGUAACGCUGUCAGCUCCCUGUACGAGACCCUGAAUGACGAGAUCAAGCAAGAAGGUCUUGGGGAUGGACAGGUCUAUGAGUGCAAAGACUGUGAGAGGAUGUUCCCCAAUAAAUACAGCCUGGAGCAGCACAUGGUAAUCCACACCGAGGAGAGGGAGUACAAGUGUGACCAGUGUCCCAAGGCUUUCAACUGGAAAUCCAACCUGAUUCGUCACCAAAUGUCUCACGACAGUGGGAAACGGUUUGAAUGUGAAAACUGUGUGAAGGUGUUUACGGACCCCAGCAACCUCCAGCGGCACAUCCGAUCCCAGCACGUGGGCGCACGGGCACAUGCCUGCCCCGACUGCGGCAAAACCUUUGCCACCUCUUCUGGCCUCAAACAACACAAGCACAUUCACAGCACUGUCAAACCUUUCAUAUGUGAGGUCUGUCACAAAUCCUACACGCAGUUCUCCAACCUCUGCCGUCACAAGCGGAUGCAUGCGGACUGUCGCACCCAGAUCAAGUGCAAGGACUGCGGCCAGAUGUUCAGCACUACCUCCUCCCUCAACAAGCACCGGCGCUUCUGCGAGGGCAAGAACCAUUACAACCCGGGGGGGAUUUUUGCCCCUGGCCUCCCCCUAACGCCCACUUCCAUGAUGGACAAAUCCAAGCCCUCUCCCAACCUCAAUCACACCAGCCUGGGAUUUAAUGAUUAUUUUCCAUCCCGCCCGCACCCGGGGGGGCUUCCGUUCUCACCUGCCCCCCCAGCGUUUCCUGCCCUCACUCCAGGAUUCCCAGGGAUUUUCCCACCAUCUCUAUACCCCAGGCCCCCCUUGUUACCACCCACGCAACUGCUCAAAAGCCCCCUCAACCACACUCCCGACGCAAAGCUCCCAAGCCCCCUUGGGAACCCAGCGCUUCCUCUGAUCUCUGCAGUGAGCAACAGCAACCAGCCCACCUCAGGGGAGGAGAAAUGUGAGAGCAGCCUGGAAAACUCCUACCUGGAGAAGCUAAAAGCCAGGAACAGUGACAUGUCCGACGGCAGUGACUUUGAGGACGUCAAUACAACCACAGGCACAGAUCUGGACACCACUACCGGCACCGGCUCUGACCUGGACAGUGACGCAGAGAGUGACAGGGACAAAACGAAAGAAAAGAGCAAACAAAUGGAGAGCAAGCCAGAUUUUGUCAGCAGCUCUGUGUCUGCAAGCUCCACCAACAACACAAGUGAGAUCCCUCUCUUCUAUUCUCAGCAUUCCUUCUUUCCCCCCCCUGAAGAGCACCUGCUGCCUACCACGGGAGCAGCCAAUGACUCCAUUAAAGCUAUUGCCUCCAUUGCAGAGAAGUAUUUUGGGCCUGGCUUUAUGGGGAUGCAGGAGAAAAAGAUGGGUUCGCUCCCCUAUCAUUCCAUGUUCCCUUUUCAGUUCCUCCCCAAUUUCCCCCAUUCACUCUACCCUUUCACGGAGCGGACCCUCAAUCACAACUUGCUGGUCAAGGCAGAACCAAAGUCACCCAGGGACCUCCACAAAGUAGGCAGCACCAGCUCGGAGUCACCCUUCGAUCUCACCACAAAGCCAAAAGAGAUGAAGCCAAUCUUGCCGCCACCUAAGGUCCUGCCAGCCCCGUCUUCAGGGGAAGAACAGCCGCUGGACCUGAGCAUCGGCAACCGCAUCCGAGCCAGUCAGAACGGAGGGAGAGAGCCACGGAAAAACCACAUUUAUGGGGAGAGGAAGCUAAUGGCAAGUGAAGUCUUACCCAAGAUUUCCCAGUCUCAACUGCCUCAGCAGCCAUCCCUGCACUAUGCUAAGCCAUCACCCUUUUUCAUGGACCCCAUAUACAGCAGGGUGGAGAAGCGGAAGGUGACAGACCCUGUGGGUGCCCUAAAGGAGAAGUACCUGCGACCCUCCCCGCUGCUUUUUCACCCCCAGAUGUCAGCCAUAGAAACAAUGACAGAGAAACUGGAGAGUUUUGCAGCCAUGAAGGCAGACAGCGGCGCUUCCCUGCAGCCCCUUCCACAUCACCCCUUCAACUUCCGAUCUCCGCCGCCCACGCUGUCCGACCCCAUCCUGCGCAAGGGCAAGGAGCGUUACACCUGCAGGUACUGUGGUAAGAUCUUCCCGCGCUCAGCAAACCUGACAAGGCAUCUGCGGACACACACUGGAGAACAGCCCUACAGGUGUAAAUACUGUGACAGGUCAUUCAGCAUUUCCUCCAACCUCCAGCGGCACGUUCGAAACAUCCAUAACAAGGAGAAGCCAUUCAAAUGUCACCUGUGUAACCGAUGCUUUGGGCAGCAGACCAACUUGGACCGACAUCUUAAGAAACACGAACACGAGAAUGUUCCAGUGAGCCAGCACUCCGGAGUCAUUACGAACCACCUUGGGACCAGUGCCUCUUCCCCCAACUCGGAAUCAGACAACCAUGCACUUUUAGAUGAAAAAGAGGAUUCGUAUUUCUCUGAAAUCAGAAAUUUUAUUGCAAAUAGUGAGAUGAACCAAGCAUCAACUUUAGCAGAUAAAAGGCCAGAAAUCCAGGAUAUUGAUGGCAAUUCCCAGUGUCAUGGAUUAGCAAAUGAGAAAACAGAAGAUGUGGAUGAUGAAGAUGAAGAACUGGAAGAGGAAGAUGAUGACAGCCUGACAGGGAAGUCACAGGAUGAAACGGUAUCACCCACCGCAGAGCCCCGAGGAGCAUUUGAGGAUGAAGAAGAUGAAGAGCCCACAUCUCUCACCAUGAGCUUUGACCACACCCGAAGGUGUAUUGAGGAGGACGAAGCCGGCUUGUUAGAUUUGGAGCAGAUGCCGAAUUUUGGGAAGGGGCUGGAUCUUCGCAAAGCAGCCGAGGAAGCAUUUGAAGUUAAAGAUGUGUUUAAUUCCACCUUAGACUCUGAGACAAUAAAACAGACUCUGUACAGGCAGGCUAAAAACCAGGCUUAUGCAAUGAUGCUGUCCCUGUCUGAGAACGCUCCCCUCCACGCGUCCUCCCAGAACUCUCUGGGUGCUUGGUUGGACAUGGCAGGAGCAGCUUCAGAGUCGGGGACCUUUAACCCCAUCAACCACCUCUGAGAGGUCAACAAGGCACUGGCCAGAGUCCAAGCGAGGAGGCGGUGGUGCUGCAAUUAUCCUAGCAAAAAAUCCUAGCAAGCAGAAGAUGGAUGAGAGGGCCUCAGGGAGUCGUCUGGACUUUUGGCUGAGAAGGAAACCUGUCGCAUCUGACCUACAAGUCCUGCAUUUUUAUCUAUCCGGAGUUUUCAUUUCUAAUUUAUCAGAACGGACGUCUCCAAAACUGGAUAACCCUGAUGCAGCCCUAGGAUUUCACAGUCUAUAGGAAUAGCAUGAGCAAGACACGAAUUGCAACAGUGCAAUCAAAUAUUGGCCCCUCUAAUGUUACAAACCAGUUUCACUGAGCCAGUAAAGCCUGCGUAUCAAUGAAAGCUUGAAACCAUUCGGUAGCAUUUCCUUUCAAUUCAGCUGAACAGCGAAGCAAGAAGGAAAGGGAGCCAGGUGACCUAUCCCUGGUGCAAUUCUGACACAGCCACUGAAGAGUUAUACCAGGGAAGGGUAAAUUCAACCCAUUUAAUUGACGCCCAAAAGCCUUUGAAAUUCUGUGCUCUCACAGAAAUUCCGUCCUAUCCUUUGUUCCCCACAAAACAUACCAGCACAGUGCAAAGCUGCUGGAAUGCGAGCCCACGAUCCACCACGUGCAGUGUCCUGGUUGAGGAAUCUUCAGCCCAGAGCAUUGCUGAGGUUGGGGUUAUCAAGGUGUCAUGCAAAUACGUGGCUCACGCACAUCGGCUGUGCCCUGAACACCCUUCUGUCUCCACCAACACUGCAAGGUUGCGAGAGCUUUCGAUCUCUGCUGCUGCCCGUGAGUCCAAGCUGCUGCUUGGACUUGAAGCAUCGGGAGUGUUUCAGAAAACGCCAUGCUCAGCGAGUCUGUGGGGUGGGAGGACGGGGGGCUGUGGCACUGCCCUGUGCUGGCCUGGCUGCCCCCAACUGAGCUGCUGAAAACACUCAGAAUUUCCCAGGCAGAGAGGUCCCGGGCUGAACCCCCACCUGGAGCGGGGAGCUGUGCAAGAAAGCGUGGGAGGUGGCGAGUCUCGCUUUAUGAAGGGCAAUUGGGACACAUCUUCUAGUUUAUCUCCCAGGGUUUUGUUUAGAGUGACAUCCUUUCAGUGUUGAUAGUAUCCGGGAAUUGUGGCAGAAAUUUUUGACUCGUGCAGUUGUUUUAGUAUGCUGGAUGGUUGCUUAUGCAUCACACACUGCUACUUGGCCUAUAAUUUAAGUAGAAAGGUUAAAAUUUCCUUGCUUGAGCAACCUCAGGGUUACAGCCCUCUAUUCAAGCACAUCACUAAGAAUAGAAUUGUCUCUCUGACUCUAAAUUGCUCACAGGUGUUUUAUGAGUGAUUUUAAAUCACUUCAAAGUCUCAUCUUCGUUACUGAUACAAAGCAGCCUCCAGAAAUACUGUGAUGUUGAUGCUAGUCUACGUUGCGAUUACAAUCUGCUGUGGGAGCAGUGAUUUGCAGGUAAAGCUGAAUUAUGGAAUAAUCAGGAAAGCAAUUAGACCUUGCAAAGGGUACCGUCAGCUACGCAGAUCAAGUUUAGAAUGCGUGUCCUAAGAAUUGUUGCAUUACAGCAUCUAAAAAUUGGAAAUGCUGAGGACUGGACUACUGCUACCACUGAGGGCAAGCACGUGCCUCUGCAUCUCGCCCAUUGCAGUUCUGCGUUGGCAGCUGCGGGGAGUCUGGGUGCUCUGGCAGGCUGGCUCUGUAAGGAUUGCAUCCAAAGCCAGUGAAGCCGAGAGGAGCUUUUCCCAUUUACUUCAGCAUAUUUUAGUGCUGGGUCUGCUUCUGCGAAGUGCUUUGAUCAGGUAAUAACGCCUGCAGAACUGGGUUAAUGGCUGAUUUCAGAGAAGCAGCACGCAGCCGUCAGUGAUCGCCUGUAAGUACUCGAGACGCGCAGCCGCUCUGCCUGCACGGGGUGGGAAAGGACGGAUGGUGGCUCCUGUGUCAUCCAGUGGGGAGAGACGCAAUGGGGAAGCCUCACUCCAGCAAGCUAAAAGAAAGGAAACAGCUACCGGAAUAAAGCGGAGGGUGUGUUAGGAACGAUGCCGUGGCAAUUCGCUCUGCGCCCCAGAGCGCACGUGAGGCUGUUUUCAGAGAGCCGGGAGCCUCCGGCUGUCCGCAGAGGAAAGCAUCUAGGGUGGCUUUGGUACAGAAGGAACAAAAGGUAUAUUAGCAGCAUCAGUGUAUUUUCCAAGAAAAUUUACCCUUCCUUUUUGGUUUUUGACAACAUCCUGUGAAAGUGCCCAAGGCUCUGAGACCAACAGUCAGUGUAACCCGAACUGCUUCAUAUAUUUGCACAAAGCUCUUGGGUAGGUCGGCCCGAGAGCUGCCAAUGUCGAGAGAAGCCAGGCUCUGCGAGGGGCUGGGACGGCCCCGUCCCCGCACAUCUGCCUCUGCUGCUGCCGCAGCACAGCCCUGCCCAGGCGCUUGGCCUUUAAAUUAUUCCCACGGGGGCCAACUGAAAAUAAUAAAAGAAUUGUUUCUUUUCCUGAUGGAAUUUAUUUUAAUCUGUAUAUAACUUGUAAUUUUUUGCUAAUUCUUUUCUUAUUUUAUUUCUUCCUUAACAGUAUUUUUUGCAUUAGGUAUCAUUAUUGUGAAGAAAUAAUGUUAAUAUAAGUACGUAGUGAAGGACCAAAAUUGUGUAAUUAAGGUUGUAUGUUGUAUGAUUGAUAACCAGGGAGUAGGAAGAUGUUGUCCAUGUGCCAAAUGACCCUGACCAGCCCUGCUCUAGUCGCGCUGCCGAUUCUCCAGACAAUCAUAGGGUUUGUUAGUUCGCCUUGACGUGACCGGUGCGUUAGACGAAGGUUUCUCUGUAGUUCCUCGGCCGCUUGGAAAGCAAACGCAGCCCCCACCCGAAAGCCAGCAGCCCCUCCCCGCGCGCCCGGCCACCAAGCACUGGCAGCCCGGCUCCGCAGGGCAAGCAGUGUGCCGGGACAGACCCGGGAGCCGGCGGGUGCAGCCGGGGGGCCGGCAAGUGAUGCCACCGUGCCAGCAAGCCACACCACCAUGCCAGCAAGCCAUGCCACCGUGCCAGCAAGUGAUGCCACUGUGCCAGUAAGCCAUGCCACCAUGCCAUGUCUCACCCAGCAGCCCUUGCUGCCCACCGGCACUGAGGUGCAGAGCCGGGAGCUGGGUGACGUGGUGGUGCUCGCGGGUGCUGCCACCCCAGGAGGGAGCAGCCGACAGAGCCAGGGUGACCCCGCUGAUGGGAUGCAGCGUGUCGGAGUUGGCGGCAGCGCUGGGUCCAUGGCAGACGUGCACUCCGCUGCAGCACCCCCAUGCCCUGCCCUGGGAAGGCCACCGGCUUGCAAGCCCUGAGCUGCGCCAGCUGCUCUCCCCGUGCAUGCCAAGGGACUCAUCCAGUGAGCGCUGGUGGCACUGGGGCCCAUUGCCACGGCCCACAGAAGCACUCGGCCCCGAUGGGACUGUCUGGCCCUGCAGGAUCCUGGACCCCACUCCAGGAGAGCACAGAAAUGUAGCCCGGCCUUACACACGGGGAUAGAUGGGUCCUGUCCCGUUACAGCACGAAAGCCUGAGCUGCAGCUCCGUGGCUCCUGGUACCUGCCUGGAGGAAACCGUACAUCUGAGCAUCUUUCUGAAGGGACCGCAGCAGUGUCUGUCUUGAUGGAGCAAGAUCUGUGGGUAACAGUAAGUGUUUGCGUGCUCUGACCCGAUGUUUUCUUCAUCACUGAAGCAAUCUUUGAAGAGGCUGGCAUCACGCUGCUCAGCGUGAGGAGGGAACAGAGCAGCUGAAGGAGCAGCGAUGAGCUGGGUUCCAAAAUGUCGGCCAAGUACUAAGAAAUGCAAAUGUUACUGCGGGGAUUUAUUUGGGGUGUCUAUGGUCUUCCCUUCGGUAUCCCAGCCCUCCUGUCUGUCUCGUUGUUCCUUCAGAGGCUGAGUUUGCCAGCAGCUCCUCACGCGGCCUCAGCUUGCGCCGUUACUGCCCCGGGGCUCCCCAGGAGCAAGGGCAUCUCCUGCUGCGUGCUGCUGCCCGGGGACAGGGAGGUCCAAUCCAGACAGGGACUGAGGACAUUAAAAAUUAGUUCCUAAAAUCAUGAAAUGAUUUUUUUUUCAUAUUUCCUGAUUAAGUUUUCUUCCUGUUUUCUUUAGCUAGUGUCUGUUUGUUGUAGGAUCUCCCGACUCCUCUAAUUUAGCACUGAUUACAAGUUUUAAUUUUUCCGCAGUUAAGAUAAAUAAACAGAAAGCCUCACUGAA